UAUUUGUUGUGACAUGUAGUAUAAAUAUAUCUACAACAAUUUGUCAUCGCCGCCGAGGCGAUUAUUUUAAUUAAAAUAUCUUGUGUAACUGUACAAGUAAAAUUUUUAUUCAUUAACUCGCUCGUAAUAUGUGCUGUUUCGUUUCAUCAAUGCUGACCGAUGAUUUACGUAAACACAAUAGGAUGUCGGCAGUGCUUACUCCCCUGCUCUUUACUUGGCGUUGGUCUUUCGCUUUGUAAAGAAACGAACAUAAUUUCCAUUCAAUGUUCUGAAAAGCAUAUAAAGGCUCAUCGCAAAGCCUCUGAGAAGAGGGCCAGUUAUGGAGGUGGGAGCGCGUGCACUGGACGUUUUGCCCCUCCUACAAGAGAGGGUAGCUUCGCUCACUGGUGGCCGAGACCGUCGCGGCGGGCCUAUAAUAUGGUUCCCCGCAAACUCAAGACGUGAUCGCGUCACGCCAGAUGACUAUCGCCGCUUGCUUCAUUACUUAAUUAGCAUACCUAGUGAUACUGUCAGAUCCCAUGGCUUUAUAAUUUUAAUUGAUAUGAGAGGUUCAGCAUGGGCAGCAAUAAAACCUAUAUUAAAAGUAUUGCAAGAGCACUUCUCUUCAUCCGUCCAUCAGGCACUUGUAGUGAAGCCUGAUAAUUUCUGGCAGAAGCAGCGCACAACGAUAGGAGCACAUAAAUAUAAGUUUGAGACUACCAUGAUCAGCUUAGAAGCACUUCCCAAAGUGAUAGAUAGUUCUCAGCUGACACCAGAUUUAGAUGGCACCUUACAAUAUGAUCAUGCACAAUGGAUAGAUCUGCGAUUGGCCCUAGAAGAGUUGAUGUGGCAAGCAGGAGAGUUACUGGACCGAUUGGACGACUUACAAGAGGACGUGGCUCGGGCGGACUUUGCCGAUGACGUAACAGGCGCGAGAAGGGCUAUAGACGCGCAUGCGGAUAUAAAUAAGCGGCUUGCCAAAGUACCAGUGGAUGAACUAGAAGCUCAGGGCGAACGCGUAGUUCAACGGCUGGAAUCCGCCGCAGCGGCAUGCGCGGAGGCAAGCGGCGGCGCGGCUACGGAAGCCGCGUUCCACUGCGGUUCGCCCGCCGCCUUGCGAGCGCAACUCUCGGCCGUCCGUUCGGCGCACGCCCACGCCCAUAAACUGUGGCAACACAAGAAGAUGCAACUCGACCAGUGCUUUCAACUCAGGCUAUUUGAACAGGAUUGCGAAAAGAUGCUGGAAUGGAUAGUGAAUCAUCGCACGGCAUUCCUCGCGACUUACGUAGAGAUCGGCCGAUCAUGCGCCGCAGCCAAACGCCUUCAGGAAGAGCAUGCUCGGUUCGCAGCCGCUUGUACGGGCGGCGGACGGCCGAGUGUAGCGCGCGUGACGGCCGCUGCGCGUAGACUUGCCGACAAGAGACACUACGCGGAACCGCAAAUAACAGCACUCGCGCAUCGCCUCGAACGCGCCUACAAACAGCUUUCUGCAGGUUUGGAGGAGCGUUCCGCUGUGCUAUCGCUGUCGGUUGUGUUCCACCACAAGGCGGAAGCGUACGCGAGUGCGGUGGGCGGCUGGGGCGCGCAGUGUUCCGUGGCGCUGCAGCUGGCGACGGGCGGGCCGGGCGCGCCGCCCUGCGCAGACCCGCGCGCUCUCGAGCAACACGCACAAAGGCACCGGCAGCUAUAUGAACACAUGUGCCAGGCGUAUACUGAGGUUCAUUCAACAAGUAAGAAACUGCUAUACCAACUUGACCAUUUAGUGCAAGUUUGUCAUCAGACAGAUCCCGCAGACAUGAAUGAAGGCUCCGUAAGUUCCGCGGGAGGCAGUGGAGGCGACCCUGCCGCGGACUACAGCUCGGGUGCCAACCACGUGCUGGCCGUCAUCCACCAAAUCCUCGGCCAUCACCGGGCGCUCGAGUCGCGCUACCACCAGGCGCGGCUCAAGCUGCACCAGCGACUUGCGCUGCUCCUGUACAAGGAGGACUGUAGACAGGUUUUGGAUUGGCUAGGAAACCAUGGUGAGAAGUUCUUGAUGAAAAACACAGGAAUUGGAAAGAAUCUCCACAAGGCUAGGACAUACCAGAAAUCUCAUGAACACUUCGAAAAUGUUGCACAGAAUACGUAUACAAACGCCGAGAAGCUUUUAGCGGCAGCAGAAGAGCUGGCAAGAUCUGGUGAAUGCGACGCCGAAGAAGUUUUAGGCGUGGCGCGGGAAUUAGAAGCACACGUGGCCGCAUUUGCAGCUAGGGGCGAUAGACGAAGAAGACGGCUAGAUCUCGCUGUCUUACUCUACACGCAUGAAAAAGAGUUACUACAAUGGCUGGAGACGCUUCGGAGUGGCGGUGGCGGCGCUAGCGGCGUGACUGAUGAAAGCCCCGAAGCAGCGCGACGGGCGCUCGAACAAUGCGCGCAGCAUCGCGCCGCUUCGCUUGACGCUUGUGCUGCUACCAUUGCUCACGGCGAAGCGUUGCUGCAGGACCUAAGAUCAUCCGGAGAAACAGAGGCGGCGAGUACGGCGGCGGUGGAAUCGACGCUAGAGCGGUUGCGUGGUACCCGCAGUGCGCUCGAGGAGCUUUGGUCGGACCGCGAGCGCCGGCUCGAGCUUACUCUGCAGCUCCGCCAUUUUGAAAGAGAUGCGCUUGAGGUAUCAUCGCGGCUUGAGCUAUGGGGUGACGAACUACAGCGCACGGAACCACCGCGCGAUCCCCAGCAAGCUGAACAAGCGCUCGCUGCCCACAAUGAAAGCGUUGCAAGGAUGCAGCAUGCAACGUUUCAGGUGGUACAGCAAGGACAAGAAUUGGCAGCAGCAAUUGCAGAAGCCUCAGAUAUUAUGGCUUCAAGUUCGGACAGUUCGGAAGGUGCACCAACAGACGCGCAGGCUCGCGUGCAGUUACUACUCGAAUUCUUACACGAUAGACAACUAGAUCUGGAGGAACUGGCCGAAGAGAGACGUGCACGUUUUGAACAGUGCGUCCAACUUGGCCAGUUCCAAAAGGAUGCGGCUCAAGUGGUGAGCUGGAUUAGAAAUGGUGAAGCGAUGCUGUCCGCCUCAUUCUCGAUCCCGGGAACAUUGCCCGAGGCCGAGCAGCUGAAGCGUGAGCACGAUCAGUUUCAAGUGGCGGUGGAGAAGACUCACGCGAGUGCAGUACAAGUCAAAUACAGGGCGGACGCUCUACGUGCCGCUAACCAUUAUGAUCCCCAUACCAUAAGAGAAAUAUCCGAGGAAGUGACCGAAAGGUGGCAACGACUAGUAACAUGCGCGGAGGAACGCCACAAACUGGUGACGGCAUCCCUCAACUUCUAUAAAACGGCAGAGCAGGUGUGCUCCGUUCUUGACUCCCUGGAGCGGGAGUACCGGCGUGAUGAGGACUGGUGCGGGUCUACGACUGCGCCCGUCAACGCCGCGCAGGCUUCUGCCUCCGUUGCAUCCUCCACUUCCAAUAUAUCUGCUUCAUCUGCUGGAGACUCGGACGAGCAUACGCAGAACUUGGAUAAGGCGUCUCAGGUGGCCGCGUUAAUAGUGAAGCACGGCGAGCAAAAGGAGGCUUUCCUGAAAGCUUGCACGCUCGCACGACGCACGGCAGAGACGUUUCUCAAGUACGCGGCGCGCUCGGCUCAAGUCCACGGUCAGACCGCCGCGGCAAGCAAGGCGCAUCACGAACAAACGCGCGCCAUUCUGGAUACGCUGCUCGCGCAAGAGAACAAGGUCUUAGAACAUUGGACAGUACGUAAGAAGCGUUUAGAGCAGUGCCAGCAGUUCGCCCUGUUCGAGCGCUCGGCUCGCGCCGCCGUCGAGUGGAUUCGCGAGACGCAAGAGCGGUGCGGCGCUGCGGCGGCGGCCGCUGCGGGCGGGGUCGCGCGAGAGUCGCGCGAACGUGUGCGUUUGCUCGCGCAACUUGCCGACGGGCUUGUCGAAAAAGGCCAUCCACACGCUGUGCAGAUCAAAGAAUGGGUCGCUGCGGUUGACGCAAGAUAUGCGGAAUUCAGUGGUUCUAUGGAAGGCGGUGAGAGCGAGGCGGAGAGUGACUCGGGUGUUGCCGCGUCUUUAAGUUCCGUGCAGACGAGCGAAGCGGAGCCGCGCGUCGAGGCGCCUACCGCCGCGCACAUCGAUGAGAAGCGACGCAGCGCGCGCCGGAAAGAGUUCAUAAUGGCGGAAUUACUACAGACAGAGCGCGCGUACGUCAAAGAUCUCGAGACGUGCAUCACGUGCUACUUGCGGGAGAUGCGUACGGAUCCCGCGUCUGUGCCGCCUGCGCUUCAAGGAAAGGAGGAGUUAAUAUUCGGCAACAUAGAGGAGAUACACCGAUUCCACGAGCGCGUGUUUCUACGCGAGCUGGACAAGUACGAGACGAUGCCGGAGGAUGUCGGUCAUUGCUUCGUGACGUGGGCGCGAGAGUUCGACAUGUACGUGUCGUACUGCCGCAACAAGCCCGACAGCAACGCUGCCGUCGUGCAACACGCCGGCGAUUAUUUUGACAGGGUGCAACGUAAGAAGAAACUAGAACAUCCGUUAGCAGCGUACCUAAUAAAACCCGUGCAAAGGAUAACGAAAUAUCAGCUUCUAUUGAAAGACCUACAAGCUUGCUGCGCCGAGGGGCAAGGAGAAAUCAAGGACGGUCUGGAAGUUAUGCUGUCGGUACCAAAGAAGGCCAAUGACGCAAUGCAUCUAUCAAACUUAGAAGGAUGUGAUGUUCCUAUGGACAGUCUCGGUGAAGUAGUCCUCCAGGAUUCGUUCCAAGUGUGGGACCUUCGCCAGAUAAUCAAGAAGUGUCGAGAGAGAAGAGUUUUCCUAUUUGAUCUGCACCUACUCCUCGCGAAGGAGGUCAAAGACACGCAUGGGAAAGCAAAGUACAUUUAUAAGACUAAAUUCAUGACCUCCGAGUUGGGUGUCACAGAGCACAUAGAGGGUGACGAGUGUAAAUUCUCCGUGUGGACGGGCCGUGAGCCGAUGGCGAGCGACUGUCGCAUCGUGCUGAAGGCGCCUUCACUUGAUGUCAAACAGACCUGGGUGCGACGCCUCAGGGAAGUCAUUCAGGAAACAUACUUCAGUGGCGCCCUGCAGCAGCCGCCGCGUAGUCCCGCGCGAGCUCGUCCGGCCAGCUCGCAGCGCUCGAGCCGAGACUUUGAAGACACGGAUACAGAAAACCUUGAUCGCAACUCUCUUGCGUCUUUCGGUAGCGGCAACACAACAGAUUCCGAUAAGGCGGGUGCAGACACAUGGGUGGUGGCAGAGCACACAGCCACCGGCGCCGGUGAGAUCUCUGUGACCAAGGGGCAGCAGGUGGAAGUGCUGGAGGCCUGGGCCGCGCGGCCGGACUGGUGGCUGGUGCGCGUGCCCGGCGAGCCGCCGCAGGAGGGAGCCGUCCCCGCGACCGUGCUCAAGCCGCAGCCCCAGCAGAAGACGUCGCCCUCGAGACGACCACUCAGCCAACCGUCCGAUGACACUACAGAAGCGGCGUCGGAGCCCGGUGUGAGUACGAGCGCCGCCAGCCCCGGCAAACAUAAGAAGGGAAUCAUUCCAAGGCGGUGGAUUCCGCGUCCGAACAAGUCGCAAGCCAAAGGCGAGAAGGCUCCUGCAGCCGCAGGGUCAAAGUCACCCGCAACCGCCGACAAACCCUCCUUGAAGAAGGUGCCAUCUGAAAAGAAACUUAAGCUCCCGUACGCUGAAACCGUGCGUGUUGAAGAUGUGGAGAACAACGCCGUCGCUCUGGAUGACGCCGAGGACGAUGCGGCCGACCUCGAACUGCCGCCUCCCAUGGAACCUAUACAGGACCCGCAAGCUGUGCUGCAGCAGGCGCCGAUCCCAGCAGCGUCGGCGGCCGCUCCGGUCGCGCGGAACUCAUUGACUAUGGAGGCAUUGGAAAGUAACGGUGGCCCUGCCGAUAUCGCCGAAAUUGAACAAAUAGUCAAGGAAAAAAUGGAGCAGCACGGAGGUGGCGCAGCAGGAGCGACUCGAGGCGCAGAGGGCGAAGACGAAGAGGCCGCAGCUAGUGCCGAUUGUGUAGAGGCCACUCUCAAAAAGCGCGAGUACGUUCUGAGGGAACUCUACGAAACUGAGGAAGUCUACGUUUCCGACUUGCGCCUCGUCUGUGACGGCUACAUGAAGCACAUGAUGGAUCUCAAUGCCGAUCCACCAGUGCCGGAAGGACUCCGUGAUCGACGGCUGAGGAUGAUAUUUGGCAACAUUGAGGCGAUCUACGAAUGGCAUCGCGACAAAUUCGUCCGGGAGGUGGAGGCCUGUAUUGAGUCGCCGGAGAAGCUGGGCCCAUUGUUCCGCGGCUUCCUCGAGCGGAAGAUCAACAUGUAUGAGAUCUACUGCCGCAACAAGCCCGUAUCCGAAUACAUCGUCUCCGAGCACGAACACUACUUCCAGGAGUUGCGCCAAAAGCUCGGCCACAAGCUGCAACUCGGAGAUCUUUUGAUCAAGCCGAUUCAGCGCAUUCAAAAAUACCACCUGCUGGUGAAGAAAAUACUAACUUACUCCGAGACUGCCAACGAGCCUCCCCACGUGCUCGCUGCGCUCCGCGAUGCCGUGCAGUGCACCUCUACCAUUCCCAAGAACGCCAACAAUAUGAUGGAGGUCGGACGUCUGCAGGGAUUUACGGGCAACAUAGCCGCGCAAGGACAGUUCAUGUUCCAAGAGCCGCUGGUGGUGUCGGACGCGAACUGCUCGAACGACAAGGGCAAGGAGCUGCACGUGUUCCUCUUCCAGCAGUGCGUGAUCUUCGCGGAGGCCGUUGGCAAGAAGACCCAGUUCACCAGCCCUACAUACAACUAUAAGGCCCACGUGCUGAUCAAUAAAAUGGAACUAGAAGAGGUGGAGGGCACUAAUAUGUUCAUUAUCCACACGGUUGAUACCACUAAGCCGUCUAAGAAGCAGUCAUUCCUGUGCCGGGCGCCCGAAGCUCGCCGCAACCACUGGAUCUCGACUCUGUCUACUAUUCUUAAGUCGCAGCAAGAAUUCGGUGCCUUCCUGGAGAACCCCAGCCUAAUCAAGCACCGUGACGCUAACGCCACUGCCACGGGUGAGGGGUGGUGCGGGCUCCGCAAGACUGAGAGCGUGCCGCCGUCUGUGGGCGGGCGGCUCGCACCUGAACUGCGCGGGCGCACGCAGCGCGCUCACGCUAAGGCCAACACCAUCAACCUGCCCUCGAGCGCGAGGGACGACUCCAAGAAGGCCUCCGACGCGCCCCUCACCCCGACUUCGCCGCAACACCACAAUGGCUUGCCGAAGCGCGCGUGGGGCCUGAAGCUGCGGCGCGGCGGCGGCGGCGCUGCGGCCGAGCCCAGCGAGGGCGUGGUGACAGAGCUGCGCGCGCCAGAGCUGGCCGAGCCCGCCGCCGACGUGGCGGUGGCGGCCGGCGCCUCGGCCACGCUGGCGUGCCGCGCGCUCGCCACGCGCGCCUCCGCCUCCUGGCGCAAGACGGCGCCCGAGACGCGCGCGCUGCGCCACGGCGGCCGCUUUGCCGUCACCUUCGCGCCCGAUGGACUCGCCACGCUUACCAUCCACGCGUGCCGCGCCUCCGACGCCGGCGUCUACUGCUGCCUCGUCAGCAACGAGCUCGGCGGCGUGCAGAGCUCGGCGCGGCUCACGGUGGGCGCGGGCGGUGCGCCGGGCGUGCCCGCCGUGCGCGCACACCCGGGCGGCGGCCUCGUGGUUCAGUGGGACGAGUCGGAAGCCGUACACCUGGAGUACUGCCGCGUCGGCGAGGGAGAGUGGCGGCGAGCUACGGAGACGCCGGCGGCGGUGAACACGCUGGCGCUGGAAGAGUUACCCGCGGGCACGUACAGCUUCCGGGUGGUGAGCGCUCGGAGCGGAGCGGCGGGGGCGGCGUCGGGCCCCGCCACGUGCGGCGGGGGCGGCACCUGGCAGCGGGAACAGUUCGCCCGCCGGUACGCGCUGGAGGAGGAGAUCGGGCGCGGCAGGACCGCCCGCGUGCUGGCGGCUCGCGAUACCGGCACGGGGCAGCGGGUCGCUCUGAAGCAGGUGGCGAGCGGGCGCGGCGCGGACGCGAUGCGCGAGUACCGCAUCUUGUCGGGCGGCGCGCACGGCUCGGUUGUGCGCGCGCUGGCGCUGUUCGCGGAGGUGCCGCGCGCGGGCGCGCACACACUGGUGCUGGAGCUGGUGGGCGGCGGCGCGCUGCUGGACUGGGCCGCGGCCGAGCCCGCGCUCUACACGGAGCGCACGGUCGCCACGCACACGCGCCACCUGCUCUCCGCCCUCGACUGGCUCCACUCCAACAACGUCGCGCAUCUCGACGUGCGCCCGGAAAACAUCCUAGUCGAGCUGGGCGGUGCGCAGCCGCAGUUGAAGCUGGUGGACCUGGGCUCCGCCGUUGAGCUGGAGGGCGCGGGCGGGACGGGCAGCGCGCCGGAGGGCGCCACUGUGUUGCCGCCUGCGCCCGCGCAGCUCGAGUUUGCGCCGCCCGAAUGCGUCCUGGGCCGCCCGCCCGCGCCCGCAUGGGACGCCUGGGCCACCGGUGUCUUCCUUUACGUAUUUCUCACUGGGCUGUCACCGUUCCUGGACGAGUCGAUCGAGGAGACGACUGCGAACAUCAUCAAGUGCGACUACUGUUUCCCGCCGGAGCACUGGGCGGGCGUGGACGAGCGCGCGCAGAGCCUCAUCCGCCGCCUGCUGGAACCCGCGCCCGCGCGCCGCCUCUCGCCCAGCGACGCGCUGCGGGACUCCUGGUUCCAAGAGGCGAGUAACACGCCGCUGUCGGCGACUCAGCUGAAGACGUUCCUGGAGCGACGACGGCCGUCGGGGCUCGGCAACGCGUUGCACUCGCUGCGGUCGCCCAACGACACCUGACGUGCGCCCCUCGCCGACCGACCGCAAGGGGCCUCUCGUAUAGCAAGUAACUCUGACUUCUAGUCGCUGCCAGAGCAGCACAAGGGAUAACUUCUGGAAAACCCAUGUGGCUGUAAAUCACUGAGGCCGAAUGUGCGACUAUCCUUUUUAAGUUUACGCGAACUGGAGACCGUAUUGUAUUGCAACUAACGCCACAGAUGUAUAAACUAAACAUCUUCGAUUACUAGCAAUGACAUUUUAUUAUUAUUUUAUAUCAAUUUGAUUACAAUUACACCAUUUUUAAUUACGUGACAUUUUAAAGGAGACGAUCCAAAUAUCUUUAUUUUUUUAUUUUUUUUUAUCUUUAUUUUUAUUGUUUUAUCCAAAAUGACUAUAUUUUUUUUCAAAGUGUACUAAAAUGAGGCCCAGAUUAUGCCGUCUGCUUUCUGGCUUUUUAUGGUUUAAAAAUGAAUAAUUUAUAAUGUCCAUUGUAAAUGUCAAAAUUAAACUGUUAAAAUUGAAAAUACAUUCGACGAGCGAGAUUCCAAGUAAAGCGUUAACCGUUGUAAAAGCAAGGGAGACGUGUAAACUGCAUUCUUUGAAGACAGUAAACAAUGGUAGAAGAGACGCUGAAAGAACUGCGACUUCUUCCCGAGCUAUUGUUACGCUCAUCGUAGGGUUAUGUUAAGCUUUAGUUUUAUUAACGUUCGUAUUAUAGUCAUAUGUGCCCACCUAUCUGUUUCGUUGAUAUAUGCGCGUUUUUGGACAUAGCAUCUCGUCUUAGUAUGCAUGCUAUUAUGUAUUAAAAAAAUUAAAUAUGGAUUAGAGAAACUUAUCGUUUUUAUACGUGAUAAAAAAUUUGAUUUAAUUUUUUUAUACAAUAGGUUUUUAGGUUGAUGGAUAAAUUGGAAAAAAUAUUUCAUUAGGUGCACAUAGAAAAGAAAUAUAUUAUUAUUCUAAGUAAAAAAGUGCUAAGUUUCUCUUAUUCUUUAGUGUAUUGCAUAACUGCUGCAGAGUGAUUGUCUGCAGUUGGUUAUUGUAGUCUGAUUUUUAUUUCUGUGGAACUCUGAUGUCAUUUUAUACAAGGGUGCAUGGGUUAUAUUAAUUGUUUUAACAUUGAUUUUCAAUAAAGUGUGUCACUUGAAAUUAAAAUAGUACUUAAUUAAUAAAUUGAAACAAAGUUAUGCUUUUCGUUGACUCCUUCAAAUCUUUAGCCUAUCUUAUAUUUUAUUUGAAUGCGUUAUCUUUUCUCGUGGAAACUGCCUUGUUUCUGGUAACAUUGAAAGUCAUCAUUCCACGAAGUUGAAAAUCAGACUACUGUAUACCGCUAUCGAAAUUCGCUCAAACGUGUGUGAUUUUGUGAUGUAAUCAACAAAACAUUCGUACCGAGUUAUAAGUGAACACUGCUAAUUAAAAAUCUACAAGUCCAUAAGGGGCCGAUUGUAAGGAAAGUGUCUGUGAUUUUGCUUAAAAUAAUGUUUCAUGCUUAUUCCUAAUUUGUAUCUUUUAAAAAUACUAUUAAAAUGUAUAUAGACUUAAGUUUUAGCAAGCGUAUAGAUUCAUCUUAAUUUGUAACCAAAUUGCAAAUUUUUUAUAUGUAAGUGAAUGUAACGUGAACUCUCGAUAUAAGUAUCCUAUAGUUCAUAGCUAGUUGUUAGUAUCAUAAUUGAGUAAGCCUUAGGACGCGACCCAUAUGCAAGCGUGCGUGGAGUUUGUAUCAAUUGACCAGUGUUACUGUCUAUACUACCUACAAAGAAAAUUAACUAUCCAUUAAUGACUAUUCCGAUAAAGCAACAGAAACUAUCCGCUAUAUGAAGGUAGUCCACUUGGUCACCAAAAGAAAACAUUUGCUUCACCUCUGAGCAGAAAAACCUCUACCUCAAACAAAAAAGAACAUGUCAACCAUAGACAUAUAAUACUCGGCAACUUAAAAUUUUCAAAGGUGUCAUUUUAGUGAUCAAAUCUGUUUACUUGUCUAUUAAUGGUAUUUUUUUUUUAAAGAGUCAUUUUUCGUCUAGCGAAAAUCACAUCUUGCAAUCAUGUGGACAAUUGUGCAAACAUCCAUCUAAUUCUCCUUGUUAUUUAGGACUAUGAUCAUUGAUUCCUCCCAAAUUCUUGGGUAUAAUUUUCCUCUUUAAAACCUUAGGGUGGCUAAGAACAGCUUACACUACAGUGAAGGUUAUAUGUCCACUAUUUUUCACGAGAAUAAAGUUAGUCGCUUGGUCAUCCACUCAACAUUCCUUUUUUAUCUUUACAUAAUUUUCUUAUAUUCUUCGUUUUGUACAGUGUUGGUGUGAUUUUGUAAAACAGUCACGACGCGCGAAACAUGGCCAUAAGUAAAAAAAGAAAUAGAAAUCUCUGUAGGUUGUGUAGAUACUCCGCUGGCACAUUUACUAACAAACAUUACUAUCGCGAAAAAACGGCUUACUGAACGGAUUAUUUUUAUAUGAUAAAGUAAUUUAUAUAUGAAUGUAACUUGUAUUGAAACACGCAGUUCUUGAAAAUAUAAGUAUUUCAUAAUUUGUUUAUCUCAGCUACAUUAUUUUAAUUUUUUAACCAUUAUCACUGUGAUCUUUUAACAUACCUAAUUAUUUUUAUUCGAAUCGAAAUAUUUCAAUGUUUACCCAUUUUUAUUAUUAAACAAUCAAUUUAUAUAAUCAUUAUUCUAAAUGUUAAUUAUAUUUUUGACAUAUUUUAAUGCAUUCAAUUAUUUUAAAAAUUAUUUUUUCUGUCCAAGUAUUUUUUAUUUAUUUACGUAUCGAUAAAUUUUCAAAAUGGACUGCUAAUUUUAAAGUGAAAGGAGUAGAAGCGUUGUGAAGUUAUUAUUUUUAUUAUUAUUUGCAAGGAUCAUUGUAUUUUAUUCGCUUACAGAUGUACGACAAGGGCAAUUUUUGCAUGUAAAUAUGCCUAGUGUUGUUACGGGAACUCCAUAUUAUGUUACUAGUGGCGGCGGGGCCUCGUCUACGGCAUAGCGCAAAACAUGUGGUCCAAUCUGAAGUUGCAAGCUGGCGGUUUGCGCAGUUGUAUACCUCGUUUUCAGAUUAGUCUACUUGUUUUGGACGUAAUAUCCGAUAUUUAAUUUCUACAUUGACGGCCUUAGCAUAUCUCCGCCGCCAAACCAAAGAAGCAAAGCUGCUUAACAAUGAUAAAGGCGUUACGCUUCUGUUUCGGAUGUCAUCUAAAGGAUGUCAUGAGUCAUGACUUGACGGUAUUUUAGCUGUUCUGGUUUCCCGGCGAUGUGCUAUAGGCGUAAAGGAUAGGUUUUUCUUUUGUAACCUAAUUAAAGGUUAGUUUAUUCAUUUUUGCUAUUAGUAAUCUGUUAACUUUAAGUUUAUUAAUCAGUUUUAGUCCAAAGAAAAAGGAGUAGUUAGCGCUUAGUAAUUCAGCUCAGUAUUUUAAAAUUUUACUUAUAUUUUUCACCAAAUUCUCUACGGUGUGAUCAAAUUAUAGUAACUGAUUAAUAAAUGAUUAUAUUCUAGGAAAAGUUGUUUAGAAAUAGAAAAAUUCGCAUUUUACUUUAUUUUGUCGAUAUCCAGCAAGCGAACCGCCCGCCCGCCAUCUGCUAGCAAUAUUCUUACUAUAAAAAUUGUAUUAGAACUGAUGUAACUUUGAAUUAUAGUUUAAUACAUUAUGAAUAAUUUUA